AUGGCGCCCAGACCCAUCUUUACUCUUACACACCCGCGAGCAUGCUCCACGGCUUUUGAACGGGUCUUCAUGACCCGUCGUGACAUCCUCGAGUGCUCUCACGAGCCAUUUGCCGAUGCCUUCUACUUGGGUCCGGAGCUCAUGAGCGAGCGUUUCGGUAACGAGGCCGCCGACCGCGGUUCCUUGGGCAUGUCCUGCUCCGACACUUACCAGACAGUGUUGGACAGCUUUGCCCAGAUGCAAUCUCAGGGAAAACGCCUGUUCAUCAAGGACAUGGCAUACUACAUUAUGCAGCCUGAGAACAAGCACACCAGCAUCGCCCCCUCUGUGAGCUCCAAAUUGGAGCCCGGAAACCCUACCGUGCUACCCCUGGACGUGCUGGGAAAAUUCAACUUCACCUUCCUCAUCCGCCACCCGCGCCGCUCCAUCCCCUCGUAUUGGCGCUGCUGCCUACCGCCGCUGAGCGACCGCAACGGCUUCCCCUACUUUCUCCCCAGCGAGGCCGGCUACGAUGAGCUCGUCCGUCUCUUUGACUUUUUGCUCGAGAGCGGCAUUACCGACAAGGACCACCUCACCGUCCUCGAUGCUGACGACCUCCUGGACAACCCUGAGAAGAUGAUUCGCAUGUUUUGCGAGCGCACCGACAUCGACUUCUCGCCGUCCAUGCUUGAAUGGUCCGAGGAGGAUGGCAAGAUUGCUACAGAGAAGUUUGCCAAGUUUGACGGCUUCCAUGACGACUGCCUUCGCACCACGCGUCUCGAGGGCAGAAGUCACGCACAAAAAAUCUCUACAGUGGAAUCUGAAGACGCCGAGUGGACCAAAAAAUAUGGCCCCGAGGCGGCAAAGAUUAUCCGCCAAACUGUCAACGACAACAUUCCUCAAUACGAGUAUCUGAAGCAGUAUUGCAUGAAGCCUUAA